AUGGGUGUUUCCACAUCUCCUGCCUUUCCAGCAAUACCUGCUCCUUCCAUCUCCUGCCUUUCCAGCAAUGGCUGCUUCCACACCUCUUGCCUUUCUAGCAAUACCUGUUCUGUUCCCUCAUCUUCUGCCUUUCCAGCAAUGGGUGCUUCCAUAGCUCCCAUUUCCAAGCAAUAUGUGCUCUUUCCAUCUCCUGCCUUUCCAGCAAUAUCUGCUCUAUCUCCUGUUUCCAGCAAUACCUGUUCCCUCCUCUCCUGCCUUUCCAGCAAUAGGUGUUUCCACACUUCCUUUCUAGCCAUACCUGUUCUAUUCCCUCAUCUCCUGUUUCCAGCAAUCCUGUUCCCUCACCUCCUGCCUUUCCAGCAAUUCCUGUUCUAUUCCCUCAUCUCCUGUUUCCAGCAAUACCUGUUCCUCCUCUCCUGCCUUUCCAGCAAUGGGUGCUUCCACACUUCCUGCCUUUCUAGCAAUACCUGUUCUGCUCCCUCACCUCCUGCCUUUCCAGUAAUACCUGCUCUUUCCAUCUCCUGCCUUUCCAAGAAUACCUGUUCCCUCAUCUGCUGCCUUUCCAGCAAUGGGUGCUUCCAUAGCUCCCAUUUCCAAGCAAUAUCUGCUCUUUCCAUCUCCUGCCUUUCCAGCAAUGGGUGCUUCCAAGCUUCCUGCCUUUCUAGCAAUACCUGUUCUGUUCCCUCAUCUCCAUCCUUUCCAGCAAUCCCUGCUCCUUCCAUCUCCAUCCUUUCCAAGCAAUACCUGUUCCCUCAUCUCCAUCCUUUCCAAGCAAUACCUGUUCCCUCAUCUCCAUCCUUUCCAGCAAUACCUGUUCCCUCAUCUCCAUCCUUUCCAGCAAUCCCUGCUCCUCCCAUCUCCAUCCUUUCCAGCAAUCCCUGCUCCUUCCAUCUCCAUCCUUUCCAGCAGUCCCUGCUCCCCCAUGUCCCAUUUGCAGCGAUCCCUGCCCCUCCCAGCUGCAGGAGCCCAGGUGUGCAGGGCUCCCUGGGUGCUGCAGGAGUGUGGAGCAGUGAUGGAUGCUCUGUGCCUGUCCCCCAGUGUCCAGCAGGUCCCUCCCUGUGCUUGGGAAAGCUCCACAGAUGCUCCUGUCUCUGUUCUCUGUUUCCCCACCCCUCUGGGCUGAAGAUUUGGGGUUCCCCCCUCAGCACACAGAUUUUGUUCUGUGCACAAGAGCAGCACAGCAGCACUGCAGUGGGGUCUGUGGUGCUGGUGCUGAACCUCCACCUUCCCAAGGAAUGGUUCUGAGGGCAUAAAUGCUUCCCUAGAGAGGGAGGGGACGAGGAAGAGACCCGGGGAAAUGUUCUCAAGUUGCCCAUCUUGAUUAAUCUUGAUUAAUCUCUGUGUUCAGUGACUGAAUCUCCUAUUUAGUGAUUUAUUUGGGGUCCCAGGGGCAGGAGCAGCGUUCCUGCUCCAUGUCCCUGAGCUCUGUCCCUCUGUGCUGAGCCCAGCACAGCCCUCUGUGCUGAGCCUGUUCUGGGCCAGCAGCAGCCUCUCCCUGUUCUGUUUCAAACCCAGCCAUAACAGCCCCCGUGGUUUUGCCUUUCUCCUGGAGUUUGUUUUUCCACUCUGGAGCUGUUCCAGGAGGCUGCAGCAGGGUGCUGUGCUCUGCCUUGCUGCCAGCCCUCAGCUGGGCUUUGCUUCCCCAGAGCUUUGGCCAAUUUCCCCUUGCCUGGUCCUCCUGGCCACGUGUGGGCCAGGAGAGCCACCAAGGCUUGUCCUCAAACUGGAACAGACCUGAGGGAUGUGCAUUCUCCAGUGUGAUGUAGACUCAGCCUUGUCUGGGAGGGAGCCCCAGUUUGGGGUAAAAAUCCUGGAAAAGCAUCCCCAGGUGGGAGAAGUGUUGGGGUUUGGAGUUGUUGGUUUCCCUCUCUUCACGUCUGCAGGAAGUGGGUUCUGUGUGUCUCAUGUUUUAAGAGUUGCAACUAAUGUUUAUAAAGAGCUUGUUAUUUACGUUUUAAGCACUUUAAAAAAAAAUAAAAGUUGUUCAAGCUGUUCCUAGA